UCCCCAGCGUUCCAAGUCAUCUCAAAGUCACAAAAACACACACACAGCUCUAAAAAAUAGGUGCAGUAUCAAGCCGCUCAGCCAUGGGAAACCCUAAAGUCUUCUUCGACAUGACCGUCGGCGGCAAGCCCUCCGGCCGCAUCGUGAUGGAGCUCUACGCCGACACCACUCCCCGCACCGCCGAGAAUUUCCGCGCCCUCUGCACCGGCGAGAAAGGCGUCGGGCGCAGCGGCAAGCCUCUGCACUACAAAGGCUCCAGUUUCCACCGCGUCAUCCCGCAGUUCAUGUGCCAGGGCGGCGAUUUCACCGCCGGCAACGGCACCGGCGGGGAGUCCAUCUACGGGGCGAAGUUUGCGGAUGAGAAUUUCGUGAAGAAGCAUACGGGGCCUGGAAUUUUGUCAAUGGCAAACUCAGGACCUGGGACGAAUGGAUCGCAGUUUUUUAUUUGUACCGAGAAGACGGAGUGGCUCAACGGGAAGCAUGUGGUGUUUGGGCAAGUGGUGGAAGGGAUGGAUGUGGUGAGGGCUAUUGAGAAAGUUGGGUCUUCCAGUGGAAGGACUUCCAAGCCUGUUGUCAUUGCUGAUUGUGGCCAGCUUGCUUGAUCAUUUCGCCAUCUUUGUGCAACAAUAAAAUUAUGUUUCUCUGUUUCUUCACUUGUCGUCGAAUCGGCCUUGUUUUCUUCCUUUGUUGAUCUCUGUAAUCCGCCUUUUAAUCUAGUACUUCUAUCGAAAAACAAUGACUAUGAUAUUGAGUUAUGUGA